AGGCCAAAAAGAAGAAGGUUCUGUCCAACAUGGGGGCUCAUUUUGGGGGUUACCUGGUCAAGGCAGAACAGAAGCGUGGGAAGCGGCAAACUGGUCAGGAGAUGAAGCUCAGAAUCCUGUCUGAGAGGAAGAAGCCCCUGAACAUCGACUACCUGGGGGAGGAACAGCUUUGUGAGAAGGCCCAGGAGCUGUCAGAAUGGAUUCACCAGCUGGAAUCAGAGAAAUUUGACCUGAUGGAGAAAUUGAAGCAACAAAAAUACGAGAUCAAUGUGCUGUACAACCGCAUCAGCCAUGCCCAGAAAUUCCGAAAGGGGGCUGGGAAGGGUCGAGUUGGAGGCCGCUGGAAGUGAGACUACCUGGACAUGUCCCACUGUAUGGAGCCCAGGAGCCACUGGAGUGUGUCCCAUCUGUGACUCAAAAUAAAGGCUCCCAGGCA